CAACUACAAUUCACCCCUUAGAGCAAAAUAUUUUAUCAAAAUGAUCUCUCGCAUGCAAUUCAUGGCAUUAGCUCUAUUAGGACUGGCAUCUGCUAGUCCUAAUAUACUAGAUUCUCUGAGAGGCCAAACCAUCACUGCGGUUUUAGGGGGGUUGGAUCUCACGGCUGAAGCAGCAUGUGCUUGCAAGCUCCUUCUCAAUUCCUACUCAGACAUGAUUUUAUUCCCUACAUCAGCAAAUUAUACGGCCGAGACAAAAUUAUUUUGGGACAUCCGCUCCGACUUAUCUCCCGCAUGCAUUUUUCAGCCAGAUAAAGCGGACGAGGUGGCAGAUGGUAUUAAGAUCCUCUCUGGGUGUGACGCCCAGUUUGCAGUACGCGGCGGUGGCCAUAUGAAUUACCCAGGGUCAAAUAACAUCGACGGAGGCGUUCUCAUCACAUUGAACAAACUCAACAGUUAUAAGGUCGAAAAUGAUACAAUUGAUGUCGGCCCAGGAAUGACCUGGUAUGAUGUCUACGCAGCACUUGAUCCACAUGGUCGUAUCGCCAUCGGUGGCCGCCUAAAGACGAUUGGUGUUCCUGGCCUUACUCUGAUCGGCGGUGUGCAUUACUUCAUCAAUAAGUAUGGUUUUGCCAUGGACAAUGUCGUCAGCUAUGAUAUUGUUCUCGGUAAUGGCACCCAAGUCACCGCUAAUGACACCACAAACCAGGAUUUGUUCUGGGCGCUGAAGGGUGGUGCUAAUAACUUCGGUCUCGUCACAAAAUUUACUCUUAAAACCUACAGCAUUCCCUUAAUCAGCACAACUAUCCAGACUUUUAACGAAAGUGGUAUCUACGAUUUGGUCAAGGCUACAUGUGAUCUUGCUUCAUUGGAUGACGCUGAUCCCAUCGCUGCUGGUUCCAUCAUCACUAUUCAGUACAACGCAACAACUAAGGCUGCAUCUGGCUCAAUAUUAGGUGUUCAAGAGGGAAUAAGCAACCCUCCAAGUCAGUUUGCAAACUUCUCAGCGAUUCCAGGACCCAUCAAGUUAAACAACGUCACAACACUUAAGCAGUGGGGUUCUGACAAGGUCACCCCCAAUCAGAUGUUUAGGGUUAUGUUCUCUCAUAAAACUAUUGUCCCUGAUGCCGAUAGACUAUACAGUAUUUACCAAGCCUGGAGAGCCGCAGUAGACCAAAUUGCGGAUGUCCAGGGUCUUUACCCAACAUUCGUGAUGAAUACUGUUGCAGCAGGUGCAGCUAGAGUAGGACAGACUAACGGAAUUGGCAAUGUCUGGGGACUCAAGGUUGAGCCUACCAUCUGGUGGCAGUUUAGCACCGGAUGGGAUUUGGCACAGGACGACCUCCGUGUAACGGCUUGGUCGCGUCAGUUAACUGAACAUCUUCAUGGUAUUAACCGGAAGCUUGGUCUCGCCAGAGACCAUAUCUACAUGGGAGAUGCGGGUGAGUGGCAGGAUCCCUUUGCGUCAUUCCCAGAAGCGAACGUGGAGCGGAUGAGGGCUAUUAGAUCAGCUUAUGACCCGUCUGGAACUUUCUCCAGAUUGAACUGGGGUGGCUUCAAGCUUGGAUUCUAAAGGGGCCUGGAGGCAUCCUGGUCACAUAGAGUCGGGAACAAUUAUCGCAACCCCUUUUACAAUCUUCAUUUUGUCCCAUCCCUAAUUGCUAAUUGUGCACGGAGGUACACCAUUUUCCCCUAGGCAAUGAGAUCUGCAAAGUGUGUGGUGGGUCAGCGCAGCUCGUAGGCAUGAUCAUGCUUUACCAUGGCCUAUGCCGUGGCUUCAUCUUCAUCUCAUUUCCCAC